AUCGUUCAAGUGUCUCGUGUUAUAAUAAUAUCAUUAUAAGAGAAGCGCACUAGUUGAAGUGAUUUGGGACAGAGUCGGGACUCCUCUACCGGGACUCUACCGCAAAACACACGCUUCACGCGUGUACGCGUUAACGUGUUAAAGUUGCGUUUUGCUUGGUUUUAGGUUACUUCCUGGUUUGGAGAGUCGAGACACACACACACACACACACACACACACACACACACACACAGAGACGCGAAACUAACCAGCUGUUUAACGCUGCUUUGUAUGUAAGCGCGCGCGUUGCAGCUCUUUUACGGAACAGGAAAUUCGGAUCUUGAGGUCAGAUCGGUGUGUGUGUGUGUGUGUGUGUUUGCACGCGAGCGCAGCGAAUGUGUUUACCCCUAAUAAAAUAACCGGGUGGCGCAGAGAGAACACCGCGUGCUCGCGCACAGGCACGGACGCACGCGCGCUCAUGGCCGAGCCGCGGUGGUGCCGCGUCGUGCGGUGGUCGCGUGCCCGGUGCCAGGAGAACGCACCCGCACCUGCACCCGGCUCUGAACCGGAAACGGACCCGGAGCGCGAGCGGCUGUGGAGCGAACUCUUCGACCAGCUCGACACCAACAAAGACGGACGGAUCGACAUUAACGAGCUCAGGGCGGGGCUGGCGGCGCGCGGGCUGCUCUCGCGCACAUCGGCGGAACAGCAGAUUGUUAGUGAAGGAGACACUAAUCAGGAUGGACAGUUGGACUUCGAGGAGUUCACGCAGUACCUGUGCUCUCACGAGAAGCGUCUCCGCCUCAUGUUCAGCAGCCUCGACCGCAACAACGACGGUGAGAUCGAUGCUGGAGAGAUCCAGCUUUCAUUACACAAUGUGGGAGUGGAGGUUACGCUGGACGAGGCAACCAAGAUCUUGCAGAGUAUAGACAAGGAUGGCACUAUGACCAUCGACUGGGUGGAAUGGCGUGACCAUUUCCUGUUUAACCCUCUGCACACCAUGGAGGACAUCGCCCUCUAUUGGAAACGCUCUUUGAUCCUGGACAUCGGCGAGCUCCUGACGGUUCCUGACGAGUUUUCGGAGAAGGAGAGGAUGUCAGGGUUCGUGUGGAGGCAGCUGAUUGCAGGUGCCAUGGCGGGAACCGUCUCCAGGACGGGCACAGCUCCUCUCGACCGCCUCAAAGUCUUCUUGCAGGUUCAUGGGCAGAGCAUUGAUAAGGGCAGUGUGUGGAAGGGGCUGAAGAUGAUGGUGAAGGAGGGAGGAUUCAGAGCUCUCUGGAGAGGAAACGGCAUCAACGUGCUCAAGAUCGCCCCGGAAACAGCCAUCAAGUUCCUCGCUUAUGAACAGAUAAAGCAGCUGAUCCAUGGCAGAAAAAAUGUAGGAAGUCUGAAGGUUCACGAGAGAUUCGUUGCUGGGUCGUUAGCCGGGGCCACGGCACAGACCAUCAUUUACCCCAUGGAGGUCCUGAAGACGCGCCUGACGCUGCGGAAGACCGGACAGUACUCGGGUGUGAUGGAUUGCGCUCGGCAGAUCCUGUGGAAAGAAGGAGUGCAGGCGUUUUAUAAAGGCUACAUUCCCAACAUUCUGGGCAUCAUCCCAUACGCCGGCAUCGAUCUGGCCGUCUACGAGACCCUGAAGAACUUGUGGUUACAGAGACACAGCUCCAGCUCGACUAACCCCGGGGUGUUGGUGCUGGUCGGAUGUGGGACGGUUUCCAGCACGUGCGGUCAGCUGGCGUCGUAUCCACUCGCUCUGAUCAGAACCCGCAUGCAGGCUCAGGCGACAGUGAAAGGUGCUCCUCAGCUCUCCAUGCUCUCUCUGUUCCGCAGCAUCAUGGCUCAGGAGGGUGUAGUGGGACUUUACCGCGGCAUCGCGCCAAAUUUCCUGAAGGUCAUUCCUGCUGUCAGCAUCUCCUACGUGGUGUACGAGCACAUGAGGAAAGUACUGGGGGUGGAACAGUGAGAGAGAGAGAGAGAGAGAGAGAGAGAGAGAGAGAGAGAGAGAGAAGGCAUUGUCUUGAUGUUACAUGAGAGAAUAGACAGAAUAGGAAAUGAGAAUGAACGUGUGGAAAAGCGUGUGAAUGCGCUCCAUGAUGGAGAGACAAAUCAAUGAAUUGAAUAAAGGAUUUGGUCCUGAAGCCAGAGAGAUGGAGAUCUCAAGUUCUGACUCAAAAUCAGCAGGACUUCACUCCAGUCAUCUGUAAUAAACAAAUCAGAUCGGUUUAUAUUCUAGUUUAUUAUGGAAAAAAAACAACAAAAACCCAAACAGAUGUGAAGUCUGACACUGAUGUUUUACAGAUGUUAAACUCUGAAGCAUGUUUCAACAUUUUUUCUCCAAAUGUCUCCAGUUUCUUGCUGUUUAUUUGUGCUGUUGAUCAACAGGGUCGUCACUUUCAGACUCACAGGCUGCCCCCUUCAGGCGGUGAAAUGAACGCACGCUAAAGUGUGUGUUAAUGCUCAGAAAUGAGUGUGUGCGCGCACAAGAUAUUAAUAUACUGUGUAUUCCCCAGACUAUAAACCGAUAGCAUGUUCAUACAUGAAUUCAUUUUUUCUGCGUUAAAUACGGCGUAACAGAAUGUACAGUCUUUUAUUUAGGUUUACAGUCUGGAAAAUACAGUAUAACCGAGCAUGUGCUUAUAGACUACAUAUAAGUGAGCAUGAGUUAUAUUUUAUAACAUUAAAGACUGAAUCUAUUUUCUUAA